AUGGACGAUCACGACGAAUUACUUGAGAAAUUUCGGGGUAUUGUUCCCAUAAAUGAGAGCAAAGCUCUUUUCUACCUCGAAGCCAAUAAUUGGGAUCUCCAAACUGCGCUGAGUAACUUUUAUGAAGACGGGACAGAGCAGGACUUGGAAGACGAAAUGUUUGAAAGUCGUGUUAAUAGCACAAGCACAGAACGGCGUGUAGCUACAUUGCGUGACUUUACUGGCCAUUCAGCUGAGGAAGAAGCUGAAGACGACGAGGAGCACGAGAACUUGUUUGCUGGCGGCGAGAAGUCUGGUAUAUUCACGCAAAAUCCAAGUGUAAAGGCAACAGGUUCAUUGGUCGGAGACAUUCUCCGGAAGGCUGCGGAAGGUGGGCGCGCCGCCGUUGAAGAUGAUGUUGCUAAACCAACCAAGCCAAGUCAUUUUGGUGGAACCGGAUACAGACUUGGAAGCGAAGAUGAACCAUCCGUUGUAAUUCCGAGUAGCGCAGACUCGGGUUCACAUGAACCCGAAGAACUUCAACCUGUUGUGCGGCAUCUGACUUUCUGGAGGAACGGAUUCAGUAUUGAAGACGGACCGCUAAUGGCUUACGAUGAUCCAGCAAAUAAAGAGUUUUUACAAGCAAUUAAUAGCGGUCGCGCUCCUUUACAACUUCUUAAUGUCAAAACAGGGCAACCGGUAGACAUGCGAGUGGCGCGACGACUAGAUGAGGACUAUAAGCCUCCACCCAAGAAACCAUCCUUGCCUUUUUCAGGAAGUGGUCAACGGUUAGGAAGUAUUGUGGGCGCAGUGGCUACUAGUAGCUCUGUCUCAUCACCUGCUUCAUCCGCGACUCCGACACAGCGACAAACCGAAUUUCAGCUCGAUGAAUCGUUACCGACAACAUCUAUUCAGGUUAGGCUUGGAGACGGAACCAGGAUGGUCGCCAGAUUUAAUCAUACGCAUACUAUUGGCGAUAUUCGAAAUUUUAUUAAUGCGUCUCGAGCGGGUGAAGCAAGCCGUGGUUAUAUUCUUCAAACAACAUUCCCCACAAAAGAGCUUACAGAUGAAUCACAGACUUUGACUGAUGCAUCGCUUCUUAACUCUGUUGUCGUGCAGCGAUAUAUUUAG